CGCUGCGUCCCGACGCGCCUCUGGCCGGAGCUGCCGCUGCCAAGAGAGGCUUGCCAUGCAGGAGCCGCUGCUGGGAACCGAGGGCCCGGACUAUGACACCUUCCCAGAAAGGACGCCCCCGUCGCCGAGGGAGAGGACGGGAGUCGGGGCCCUGCAGAACAAGAGGCUGUUCCUGGCUACCUUCGCUGCUGUGCUGGGCAAUUUCAGCUUCGGGUACGCCCUGGUCUACACGUCCCCCGUCAUCCCUGCCCUGGAGCACUCCUUGGAUCCAAACCUGAGUCUGACCAAAACCCAGGCAUCCUGGUUUGGGUCCGUGUUCACCUUGGGCGCGGCGGCUGGGGGCCUCAGUGCCAUGGUCCUCAACGACCUCCUGGGCCGGAAGCUCAGCAUCAUGUUCUCGGCUGUGCCCUCGGCAGCCGGCUACGCUCUCAUGGCGGGCGCCCAUGGCCUCUGGAUGUUGCUCCUGGGGAGGACGCUCACAGGCUUUGCCGGGGGGCUCACAGCUGCCUGCAUCCCGGUGUACGUGUCUGAGAUUGCUCCCCCAGGUGUUCGUGGGGCCCUGGGGGCCACACCCCAGCUCAUGGCGGUGUUCGGAUCACUGUCCCUCUACGCCCUUGGCCUGUUGCUGCCGUGGCGCUGGCUGGCGGUGGCUGGGGAGGUGCCUGUGCUCAUCAUGGUCCUGCUGCUCAGCUUCAUGCCCAACUCACCUCGCUUCCUGCUCUCGCGGGGCAGGGACUCGGAGGCGCUACAGGCGCUGGCCUGGCUUCGAGGAGCUGACGUCGACAUCCGCUGGGAGUUUGGGCAGAUCCAGGACAACGUUCGGAGACAGAGCAGCCGCAUAUCGUGGGCCGAGGCCCGGGACCCCCACAUGUACCGGCCCAUCGCCAUUGCCUUGCUGAUGCGCUUCCUGCAGCAGCUGACAGGCAUCACGCCCAUCCUCGUCUACCUGCAGUCCAUCUUCGACAGCACUGCCGUCCUGCUGCCCCCCAAGGAUGAUGCAGCCAUCGUGGGGGCGGUGAGGCUCCUGUCCGUACUGAUCGCCGCCCUCACCAUGGACCUGGCCGGCCGCAAGGUCCUGCUCUUCAUCUCAGCAGCCAGCAUGUUCGCUGCCAACCUGACGCUGGGGCUGUACGUCCACUUUGGUCCGAAACCUCUGACCCCCAACAGCACUGUGGGCCUAGAGAGUGCGCCCCUGUGGGGCACAGAACAGCCCCCAGCCACGCCCGCCAGCCUCCUCACCCUGGUGCCCCUGCUGGCCACCAUGCUCUUCAUCAUGGGCUACGCCAUGGGCUGGGGGCCCAUCACCUGGCUCCUCAUGUCGGAGAUCCUGCCCCUGCGGGCCCGCGGUGUGGCCUCGGGGCUGUGUGUGCUGGUCAGCUGGCUCACCGCCUUCGCCCUCACCAAGUCCUUCCUGCUGGUGGUGAAUGCCUUCGGCCUCCAGGUGCCUUUCUUCUUCUUCGCCGCCAUCUGCUUGGUGAACCUGGCGUUCACUGGCUGCUGUGUGCCUGAGACCAAGGGCCGGUCACUGGAGCAGAUCGAGUCCUUCUUCCGCACCGGGAGGAGGUCCUUUCUGCGCUAGGGCAGGGUCCCCGCCCGAGAGGCCAAACCACUGGGCGGCCGGAGCUGUGCACUGGCCGCAGUCCUACACCUCAUGUCCAGGAGGCAGCAGCAACUCGCCCUCGGCCAGAGCACAGGAGGACCGGCCAGAAGCGGGGUGGCCCCCAGCACAUGUUCUGGCUCUGGGCAGGCGGCACACCGUGCAGCCUCGGCCUUGGCUCAGGCAGCCUGCGCUGUCGCACCCGCAUCGGCUGAGACCCGCUGGCAAAGGAGGCAGCCACGUGGCCCGGGUCCAGGGACAAAGCCCAGCUGGGCAACCUGAGGCCUGGCUCCUCACUCACACACAGAGAGCUGUGCUGAGGACAGAGACAGGGCUGGAGCUGGUGGUGUGGCCCCGCGCAGGUCAUCGGCACCUCACCCUAUUCUCAUCACUUGGUGACCAUCAGCAUCUUGGCUCUGGGGAGGAAGACAGAAGUGCACCUCUGCGGGCUUGUGGACACCACAGGGAGC